AAAAAAUUAUAAUAUUAAGAAAUAUUUCCGCUACAAAUUGCAACAAUAAAAAUUGUUUUGUUAAAACAGCAAGAUUGAGAACGAAAUUGUACAAUGCCAAAAGUUCGACUAUCGAUUUUCCCAAGCGACUUGUAGAUACAUAUUUGCGCGCAUAUGAAAUAUAGUUUCGUUAUUUAAAGUUUUAACUGAACUGGGUUGGCAAUGCAAAAGGAUACGAAAGAUGAAAACUCCACAGUUGAUAGAGUUAGGUUAAGCGAUGAAAACCCAAAUGAAUGGCGCGACUGUCGGAACAACAAUCAUCAUGUGGUCCCUAUGGGCAUUCUUAUAGUGCUUGUCACAGUCUAUCUAAUGAUCGCAGGAGUACGCAAUAAUUACAACGGCUAUGUAAAACCAGGGGUUGUUGCUUUAAAGCUAAGCAAUCCAAAUGCCAACUUCAAGGAUAAAAAUGUACACGUUUAUCGAAAGGAGUUGGGUUUUGAAGAGCAGCCCCUGUGCAGAAAAAUUGAGGUUUUUUCCAAGGAAUUGUUUACAUUAAAGACAACCAAUGAGUCCACAGGUCAACCCAUAAUGUCUAGCAAUCUCCUUAUAAAACGACGCAAACAGCUGAAGUCCACUAAGUCCAAGUCUGAGUCUGCAAGGAAAAGGGACAACUCCAAGAAAUCAAACACAGCUGAGCCCAUUAUUUAUCUCUUUGCAUUGGUGUUUAUAUAUCUAUUGCUAAAGGCAGCAUCCGAUAUUAAUCAACAUUAUAAAACGAACAAAGGAGAUAAACGACUGCGUCGCUGUUCCCUCCAAUCCUACGCCCAGAAGGAGCAAAGACACAAUCAUCAAGAUCGACGUGCUUCAAAAGAUUUUCCAUUGCACACUAGACACAACAUUUUUACGGAGGGCCGUUCCGUAUCGCUGGAUCGUUACCGGGAAGGAAAGGCGCCCAAAGAGCUGCUGAGGAGCGUGCGCCAGCAGACUUCAAUUGGUGACCAUCCCAGGACUUACCCAUUCAAGCCCAUCCAUCCAUCUGUAGGCAAGCAUUUCACAAGCGAUGCGAUUUUGGAGCCACGUAUGAGCCGCCGCUUAUCGGUUCCGAUCAGCAUAAACUAUCAGACUGUGCACGUCUCUCCGCUUAUGCAUCCCGAAAUGGUAAGACGCGGCUCAGUAGCAGACAUGGCGAUCCCAGGUCUGCCCCCGACGCUUCCAAGUGUCCUGCCAACACUGCAAACACCGGACAGCAAGCGUAGGGUCCGCAUGAUAAAUCGCCACUAAGCGAAGUCAUUUUUAAAAAACGAAUAAGAAAUAACUUUCAACGAAUUUAUGUGCAAUAUCUAGGUGUACUCAGACUCAUCCAAACGACUAUUACAGAUGUACCUAUUUGAUAAAUAUAUAUUAAAACUAAAAUUGC